CCCGGCACGCCUCCGCAUCAUCAUCGCAUCGCAUCGGCAUCCUCCAGCCUCCUCCGCCCCCCUCCCUCCGUCCUCGCCGCGCACCCUCUCCCCCCGCGAUCUCGCGAACCCUGCUGAGGCAGGCGGGCUAGAUCCCGGACCCCCGCCAUGUCCAAGCCCUGGGGCGGCCUCGGCGGCGCCGGCGCGUGGGCGCUGGACGCCGAGCGCGCCGAGGAGGAGGAGCGCGAGGCCGCCGCGAACCCGGCCCCGGCGCCCGCCCCGGCCACGGGCUUCCCGAGCCUCCGCGAGGCCGCCACGGGCGCCGCUGGCAAGUCCAAGAAGAAGAACAAGGGCACCACGCUCUCGCUCUCGGAGUUCGCCGGGUACGGCCCGGGCAGGCGCCAGGCUCCGGCGCCGGCGCCGGCGACGGAGCCCAAGGGGCUCACCCCGGCGGAGAUGAUGAUGCUGCCCACGGGGCCCAGGGAGCGGUCCGCGGACGAGCUCGACAGGCCCCGCGGCAUCGGCGGCGGCUUCCGCUCCUACGGUGACGACGACGGUCGCCGCGGGCCGCCCGGCAGAGGCGCGGAUCUCGACAUGCCCUCACGCGCCGACGAGGAUCGCGACUGGUCCAUGAGCAAGAAGUCGCUCGCGCCCGCCGACUCCGCCCCGCGGAGCCGGUACGGCGGACUCGGGGGCGGCGGCGCGCCCGCAUCCGUCGGCCGCGCCGACGAUGACGGCGACUGGUCGCGCGGGAAGAAGCCGAUGCCGUCGGGCCCGUCGCGCUACCCGAGCCUCGGCACCGGCGGCGGCGGCGGCGGCUUCUUCCGCGACUCGCCCGUCUCGACCGACUCCUCCGACCGCUGGUCCCGUGCCGCGCCCGCGCCCACCAAUGGCGAGCGGGAGCGGCCCCGCCUAGUGCUCGAUCCGCCCAAGCGCGACGCCUCGGCCACCCCUACGCCACCUGCUGAGGCGGGACGCAGCCGGCCGAGCCCAUUUGGAGCCGCGAGGCCACGGGAAGACGUGCUGGCUGACAAAGGGCUGGACUGGAAGAAGAUGGAGACUGAGAUCGAUCAGAAGAAGACUAGCCGCCCUACCAGCUCACAGUCGAGCAGGCCAGAGAGUCCUCACUCGUCACGACCUGGGAGCCCAGGGUCACAGGUACCAGCUGCGGGUAGUGAAGGCGUGCCGAGGGCGCGGCCAAAGGUGAAUCCUUUUGGGGAUGCAAAGCCAAGGGAGGUGAUUCUGCAGGAGAAAGGGAAGGAUUGGAGGAAGAUUGACCUUGAGCUGGAGCAUCGCCGUAUUGAUAGACCAGAAACAAAUGAUGAGAGGGUGUUAAAAGAAGAGAUCAAUCUACUUAAGUUGGAACUAAAUGAAAAUGAAGCCAAGAUGAGUGAUGAUGAUGCAAAAAGUUUGGCCGAGAAGAUAACUCAAAUGGAAAAACAGCUGGAGCUUCUUACAAUUUCAAUGGAUGACAAGAUCAGAUUUUCGCAAAGACCUGGCUCUGGAGCAGGGAGGGUUACAGCAUCUCCGCCAACAAAUCUUGCAGAUGAAUCCCAAAUAAAAGAGUCCAUGGAAAGGCCAGGUUCCCACAGUGGCAUGGAUCAAUAUCCAAAACCAACUGAAGAAAGAUGGGGGUUUCAGGGGAGCAGAGAUAGAGGCUCUCUUGGUGGCACCAGAAGUUCAGACAGGUCGUCGGGAGGACAAAGAUGGUGAGCCGUUGCCAGCCAGAUUUUUCUCUUCGUGUUUAGAUGGUGCACAAAUAAUUUAUGUUCUUGUUGCUGCUUGACUAUCAUUUUGUUUGGCUUGGAAGAGUGAGAGGAUCGUGGACAAAACAGAUUGCUUUUCACUAAGUUGUUAAUUACCACCCUUAUGGUGGUUCGUCUAUUUCGUUUUUUUUCCUUUUGUAUUUUUUCUUUUACUCUUCCAUGUCAAAACAAGUGUGAUCAACCUUUCAUAGACUAACUAUUGUUCUUUCUUCCUG